AUGAGUCAAGUGAGUAUUUCCAACGCGAGCAAAGGCAGAGGGUGUCGAGUGCAAGUCUGGGGAUGGUCCCUCCUGCGUGCUGGCUCGCUGAGCAGCAUUCAUCCACUCUUGUCCUCUCGCACGAGCAGUUACCAACCACGCCACUCAUCAGCUCGUCCGGAAUGCCAUCACACGCCGGUCAGACAGUGCGUGUCAUUGGCAAAAUCACAAGUGUGAGUCGAUCUUAUCUUGCCCCAUCGCGUCGACGUGUUUGAUCCUUUUGCAUCUCAUCUUCGCUCCAACUGACUGCUAUCCUCGCUCCCUCACACUUCUUGGCCUCUUGCCCCAACGAAUCAGAUCGCCGGAUCGCAAGUGCAUAUCCAGACUUCGGAUCAGGGCUUGGUCGAGGUGGUGCUGAAUAGGGAGACUGAGCUGCACCCCGAGGGCUACGUCGAGGUGGUGGGCAAAGUCAGCGAGGAUGGUAGCACUUUGAGAGAAUUUAGCUGCGUUCACUUUGGUCAUGAUAUUGGUGAGUGGGUGUGAUGGGAUGGGUUGAGUUGAUCGAUCUGCUUCCGUUGUUGCACCAGGCUUGGCCUUGCCUUGUCGACAGCGCCUGGUGACGCGCGCGCCUCAGCGGAAAAGCAGCUCGCAUUCGUGCUGCUCCUCCUACAAUUCGAGCUCUAGAACAUUAGAAGAUGUCCGCGCAAGUCGCAAGACCCACAGUCCAGCGCAUGCCACUCAAGUCGUGCUGCCUGCUCGGCCGAUGCGUGCGACGUUGCCGAGAAACUUGCCAAACUCUGUCAUGGGGAUAGAGUGUCAGACAGGUCAGCUAAUGAUCGCUGACGACUUUGGGCUCAUACCCUUUCCCCCCCCCCCAUUUGUUUUUCGCGCACGCACAGACAUGAAAUUGGUGGACGAAGUCGUCUCCUUGUCACCCAACUUUCCUCGACUCUUCACGGACGAAUCAGCCAUGCAACAUUAG